AUGAAGGUGAAAACUUCGCCCCCGGUGUCGCCCAUGAAGGAGGUGUUUCACUCCCCGGACGACACCAGCAACGUUGAUCUGCCUGGAGUUUUUGCGCCGUCCGUGUUGUCUUCAGCCGCUGUUCCUCCAGGGCGAGCCGGGGAGGACGAGAGUAAGACCACAACUGAUGGAAGAUUAAAUCAAGAGGAGCAGCUUACUGUGAGGAAAAAUCCCCCCUCCCCAUGUCGAAAACGAAAUCUGUGAUGCUGUAUUUGAGUACACAAAUCGACGGGCAUUCUUGGCAGAAGGCGGAGAGACGCAGCUGUGGCCUGAAGACCUGCAAGCAGUUUGUCAUGCUGUUUCUUCCUUCCAGUUGUCUCCUGUCAUGCUCAAGAUGCAAGGUUGAUUUCCCACGCCAGCCACCAUGACAGUCCGCAUCUUUUGCCUUCUAGCAUGACAACGUGAAGAACAAGACUCGUGGUCGCCAUUAAUGCUACACAAGUCAAAGUCUCCAUUUCAGUAUGGGUAGGGGGGAUACAGUUUCGUUUUGAUACAGCAGCAGCCCUUCACCCCGCAGUCGGGUCUGAUGGGUGUGGCAAGCAAGGAGAGCAAGGAAACCUCCGGUACUGAAGAUCGCAGCAAGUUCAGUCCGAAAGCAAGACCACCCGGAAGUAGUAGUAGUAGAACCGCGUGGGGUACUCCUACUACUGCCCAACAAGACCACAAAAGCGCGGAACAAGCAGGAGAUCGGGAGCCGCCUAGAGCAAGUAGUCCACCAAAUAAAAGCUCAUCCUCUCCUGCUGGCGGACCCACAAAAAAUGCUGGGGCGGUAAACACGGUUGUACUAGCUUCUACUAAAGCUGCAUCUUCACCAGGAUCUUCUUC